CAGACAAGGACAGACAGACGGUUUCAGUGGCAUCAACAUUAUGUGGCCCAAACUCAACUUCCGGUAGACCUCUGCAAAGAAUCCACAACUAUUGAGUAAUUUCAAUUAAUAUACAACAAAAAUAUUAAUGUAAUUAAAAUAUUUUUUUAUUAUGACCAAACACAUACUGUAAGUGAACCUCGGGCAAUGCGCGACGUGCGUUCAAUGAAACCGUCAAUAAGAACAUUUGUAUUUAAACCGCAAUUUAUAAAAGCAAUGUUAUAACCUUACACAACAUUACAACGAUAACAAAAGUUCCUGCCAAAAUACAAUGGCUGCUUUUCUAUCAAGGCAAGUUUCAUAUCCCUGGCCCAGAACGGGGCGUGGACUCCAAAAUCGGGUGGUAAUCUCCAAAAGGAGGCGGAGUCUAUGGAGUUUAUUCCAAAACUCGCGAGCUUGUAAAAUGGGUAUGUAUCACGUUGUAUAGACGUCUUAAUUUGGCAUAACACGAUACUUCGUCCCGUUUUUAAACUUGGGUUACAGUGUUAUGUAUGCCCUUGGUGUUGGAUCUACAUAUUUGGCAUCUUGACAGGAGAGUUAGCAAUAAAUACUUUGGUAUCUGUAUUCUUAAUUGCUUUUGUAUUGUUAAUAAUCUUCAUAAAAUUGUUAUAAAAUGAGAAUUAAUAAAUGGCUACAAAUGUAUAACUCAAAGUACAAGUUAUUAUAAAUAACAAUAUGAUGCAUAAUAAUUAAAAUAAUUAAUUUGUUUUGCUUUAUUUGUUUUGAAAAUGUUAAAAUGGGUUAUGCCAGUAAACAGAUAUUAGAUAACUCAAAUGUAACGGCUACAGGAGACAUUUCAUUAUAUUAUAAUAGUAUGUUUUUACAUAGGUCAUACAUAGGUUAGUUUAACUGCUAUAUUAUAUAGCAUCAUUUUUGUUGACAGAUGUAAGAAAUCGAAAUGUCACUUUUUAAAAUACUAACACAUAGCUAAGGUAAGGUCAUACACUAAUCAUUCGGUAGUAAGACCGUAAUCUAUAGGUGACUGCAUGUAGGUGAGUGCAUGUUAAAACCGACCAAUCAAAUGAGCGAAGACAUCUUCCAUUGUCCCGCCUCCAAAGUCAACUAAACGAGCGAGCAAGUGUUGAGCAGUUGCGAGAGUAUGGAGAGAACCGUGCGCGCGCUCGUCAAAGCCUCGCAGACUGAGUUUUUGCAAGUGGAGCUGAAACGCGCACUCGCAAGGAUACUGUUCUGCGCGCUCGCGGAGCAUAAAUACUCUUUCUCGAGGGUGUGUUUACGCUCGUGGAACUGUUCUGCGCGCUUAAAUCACGCGUGCGGUUUUCAUGCGCGCGAAUUUGGGCCUGAAUAAAUAAACUCCAUACAUAGGAGUCACCACUGGCAACAAGCACUGCAUGAAGUACCACACGCCUAUAGAAUUAAUUUACCAUUCCAAAUUCGCAAAUUAAACACUGCAAAUGCAAUUAAUAUUUUACACUAAAUUUAAGCAUAUGGUGAGUGUUUUUUUUCUUAGAGUCGUUUUUGGAGCUCCUGCCUCCAUUGGAAGCUCACCGUCAUUUUUAUGCUUCAAAUACACAAAUAAAUAAGAAGUCUUAAGGAAAAGAGAGGACACACAAAAAAUAACAAAUCAAGAAUAAUACAAGAAAAAUACAGAGUAAAAAACAAAGAUAAGCAAACAACUAUUAAUCUACUAAACACAAGGGUCUUCUAAUAGCUCAAAUUCUCUAAACAAUUUAAAUAAUUUUCUUCCAACUUUCGAUUAAAUUUUACUUAAAGAUUUAAAGUAAAUUCCAAAAUUCCUUUUGAAAGGGAUGCAGAGUGCAGACAUACCCCUCUCAAUUUCUGCACAGGUAACAUUGUCGUCCUCCAGUCCAGAUGGUGGCGCUACAGUUCUUCUCUGUUCCGCCAAUGAUCCGUGUAAAAGAAGAGGAGGCCUGUUUAAUUUCUCGUCCUCUUGGUUGCUAAGUUCUCCUCCCCUGAAAGGGUCUCGUUUGACACCGAGCUCAUGUCGAAGGACAGCCGGCACGAUGGUCGCCGGCGCGGCGCGGGUCAGCAGCACCGGCUCGGUUUGAGGUCGGCUCAGAGCGGAGACGGGAGAGACAGAUCGGGCAGUAACAGCUCCGGGUCGUCUCACGGAGGAGGGAAAGCCAGGAAUACGCCCAUCAACAUUGCUCUUAAGACAUCUUUCCAGCGGUCCAACAGUCAUGACAAGGUGAGGAAGAUAGUAGCUGAGGAAGGCCGGGCUGCUCGCAACCUCAUCGCCUGGAGUGUCCCGGUGGAGAACAAAGAGGAAGAGGGUAAAGCGAAACAUCACAUUAACAGCAAUGCAAAAGCUCAGCGAAUCAACACCGGGGUCAACAGGAACAAAAAACAGAACACAGCGCCAGACUGUAAACCUGGACCCGGGUCGAUAUUGGACAAAGGAGCCGAGAAGAGUCCUACAAAAACUAGACAGCCACGGAAAGUAGACCUGAGAGCACGAUACUGGGCCUUUCUGUUUGAUAACCUGCGACGGGCGGUGGAUGAGAUUUAUGUCACAUGUGAAUCUGAUCAGAGUGUGGUGGAGUGUAAGGAGGUGCUGAUGAUGUUGGAUAACUAUGUCCGAGACUUCAAAGCUCUAAUCGAUUGGAUCCAGUUGCAGGAGAAGCUAGAAAAAACAGAUGCUCAGAACAGGCCCACGUCUUUGGCUUGGGAAGUUCGAAAGAUGUCACCAGGACGGCAUGUGAUGUCCAGCCCAUCAUCCGACCGUAUCGUUCCAUCACCUGGCGUUCGUCGUGCACUCAAUUUUGGAGGUCCCCCGCCCACCCUGGCUGUUGCACGUCUAUCCCACACCGGACCCAGCUGGGCCGAUCGGGUCAAGUCUUCCCAGUCACUUCCUGUCCCCAGUCAAACAAGCAAUAUUCCCAAUGAAAAGACAGCAAAGAAAGACGCAGAGGGCUGGGAGACAGUUCAGCGCGGGCGUUCGAUGCGGCCUCGCUCCAUUGCCAUGGUGGCCAAGGUAAGCCCUGUUCUGGCCCAAGUGAGCUCUAAAGACGACAGCGACAAGGAGAACCAGCAGCUUCAUCUGUCACCUCAGGACAAACCUCUGGAUGUGGGGGUACAAGAGCAACCACUUCCCCAGGAGAAGACCCAGGAGAAGACCCCUGUCAUCGAGCCCCCCGCAGAAAAUCUUGAAGAGCCAGAGCAGAGCGUCAACACGACAUCCGAGGACACGGCAUCCCCUUCUCCGCACUCCCAGAGCCCGAUACUGGUCUCUGCUCCAGGUCCUGAUCCUCCGUUGGUUUCCCAGCUGGAGGAGCCAGGGACUGGGCGGGCCCAGGGGGAGCAGGGGAGGGAGGGGUUGGAGUGGAAGGUCGCGGCACCAUCGGAAGAAGCGGCAGCAGUGGUCCACGUUCCCCUGGCAGUGGUGAAACUGGAGAGCAUGCUGGACCCCACAGAACUUUCCACCCCCCAGUCUAUGGCUGAAGUUUUAGCGAAGAAGGAAGAGCUGGCCGACCGCCUGGAAAAAGCUAACGAGGAGGCCAUCGCGAGCGCCAUCGCUGAGGAGGAACAGCUGACGCGGGAGAUCCAAGCGGAGAACAACGAACUGGAAACUGACAACGAAAGCGACUUCUCUGCAAGUAUCGGAAGUGGAAGUUUUGGCCUGAACUUGGACUGGAGCGAAAUGUUAGCUGAUUAUGAUGCUCGGGAGCCCUGGCGUCAGAGCACCUCAUGGGGUGACAUUGUUGAAGAAGAACCAUCACGUCCACCUGGCCACGGCAUCCACAUGCAUGAGAAACUGUCUUCUCCUUCACGUAAACGAACCAUCGCAGAAUCAAAGAAAAAGUAUGAAGAGAAGCAACUCAAAGCCCAGCAGCUCCGAGACAAGCUCCGAGAGGAGAAGACGCACAAACUGCAGAAACUCAUAGAAAGAGAGAAGGAGGUGAGUAAAUGGAAAGAGGAGCUGUUGGAUCAGAGGAGGAGGAUGAUGGAGGAAAAGCUGCUUCAUGCAGAAUUCAAGCGAGAGCUUCAGCUACAGGCCAUCGUGAAGAAAGCGCAGGAAGAGGAGGCAAAGGUGAAUGAGAUCGCUUUCAUCAACACUCUGGAAGCCCAAAAUAAGAGACAUGACGUACUGGCUAAGCUAAACGAAUACGAACAACGACUCAACGAGCUACAAGAGGAACGCCACCACAGACAGGAAGAGAAACAGGCCAGGGAUGAAGCGGUCCAGGAGCGCAAGCGGGCGCUGGAGGCCGAGCGGCAGGCUCGUGUGGAGGAGCUGCUGGUAAGGAGGAGAGAACAGGAGACGAGAAUCGAACAGCAGCGGCAAGAAAAGGAGCGAGCGAGGGAGGACGCGGCACGGGAGAGAGCCAGGGACCGCGAGGAGCGUCUGGCUGCGCUUAGUGCAGCUCAACAGGAGGCCAUGGAGGAACUACAGAAGAAAAUCCAAAUGAAGCAUGACGAGAGCAGCCGCAGACACAUGGAGCAAAUCGAGCAGAGAAAAGAGAAGGCGGCCGAGCUGAGCAGCGGCAGACACGCUAACACAGACUACGCACCCAAACUCACACCUUACGAACGGAAGAAACAAUGCUCGCUCUGUAAUGUUGUGAUCACCUCUGAAGUCCACCUGUUCAGUCACAUUAAGGGAAAGAGGCACCAGCAGGCCGUGCGAGACAGCAGCAGCAUUCAGGGGCGCGAUCUAUCUGAUGAGGAGGUGGAGCACCUGUCUUUAAAAAAAUACAUCGUAGACAUCGUGACGGACAGCAGCGUACCUGCCGACAACGCCAGAGAGGGAGAGGAGAGGCAGAAGGCUCGGAAAAAGGCCAAGAAACUGCGGGCACGCAUGAACUCAAGGGCUAAGGAGUAUGAGACGUCCAUGGAGGCUAAGACACAGACCCCCGACUCUCCUUACAAGGCGAAGCUUCAGCGUCUGGUGAAAGAUCUAGUGAAGCAGCAGCAGGGACAGGACAGCGGCCAGUGGCCGAGUAAAAAAGUGUCCGGCCUAGACAGAACCCUGGGAGAAAUCUCACGCAUUUUGGAGAAACAGAAUAAUGCAGAUCAGGUAGCAUUUCAGGUUGGAGGGGGGUUGUCUGCUCUGGAGCAGAUCCUGCAGGUCAUCACCACUGUCUCCAGUCCCACUUCGGUCCCCCGUAUUCCUCUCAAGUCCCUCUGCGCUGCUGUGAACACAUAUUAUCUGACUUGUGCACACUGCCUCAACAACUGUUCCUAUGUUCUCUACAGCAACAAAAUUACCUUUCUCAUGGACCUGCUGCUCCAUCAGUUAACGCUCUUCGUGCCAGAUGAGGAUAAGAGCAUCUUCGGCCGCAGCGUGAAUAAGCAGAUCUUUGACGGUUUGCUGACAGCUCUUCUGCAGACGGUCGCUACAGUCCUGGGACAGCUUCAGCUGCCGAAAUCGGAUGGAGAGUCAUCACGUGUCUGCAGUCCGGACAUCAAAAGCAAAACCGCCUCCAAUGAGAACUUCAAUACUCGUGUUCACGAUCUCAUCAGUUACGUGGUGAACAUGGGCUUGAUCGACAAGCUGUACGGCUGUUUCUUGUACGUGCAAGGGCCAAUCGACGAGAGUCCCAAGAUGGCCGCCUUCCUUGAACAAGCAACAGCGUUCCUCCAUGGGAUGUGUAAACUGUGUUUUGCUGUGAAUAGUCGUUCUCUUAGCAUCUUCGACAACAAGCGCCAGGACCCCACCGGGUUGACGGCCCUCCUGCAGAGCACUGACCAGGUGGGCGUCAUCAACAUGCUCUACUGCAUCCUGCUUCACAAUGCCCCUCCUGAACCUCUCUCCACUGGCCCUGAGGGUCCCCAGGGACCUUACAGCCCCUCCGUCAUCCAGGUGGCCCUCCAGGGCCUACGGUUCCUCAACACCUUUGCCCUGCUGGACCUCUCAGCGUUUCAGUCUGUUUUAGGAGCCGAGUGUCUCUCUCUGGCCUUCAGGCACAUCGUGAGCUCGCUGUUGUGGUUCUGCUCUCAGCAGAGCUCGGAAGAGCUUCUUCAUGAGCUCAUCAUCUGCGUGGGUUAUUUCACUGUCAAUCACCUAGACAAUCAGGUGAUCGUGCAGUCUGGCCUGCAGCCCAGCGUUCUGCAGAAACUGUGUCAGCUGCCGUUCCAGUAUUUCAGCCACCCGCGACUCAUCAAAGUGCUCUUCCCGUCGCUCAUCUGCGCCUGCUACAAUAACCCGCAGAACAAGGUCAUCCUACAACAAGAAAUGAGCUGCGUGCUGCUGGCCACCUUCAUACAGGACUGUGCCAACAGCGACAGCCAAUCGGAUAGCAGGGCUACACAAGCAGAGAAGGGAUGGGCUCCUCUGGACUUCUGCGACCUCUCCAACCGAUUCCCCAGAGACCAAUGGGACGCCGCGCUACAGUUCUUCCUCAACAAGCAGGAGGAGUGAGAGAAGAAAGCGCACACUUACGGUGUAGUCACUUACAAGAGCACAUAGCCCACAUUGGUUAUAAACCCAGUGUACUUCAAUACAAAGUGUCCUGGAAGGCGUUUAUGAUAUAAGAAUGACAGUCAUCCACUUCACCAGUAACUUUUAACUGGAGUGAACUGGUAGUCUGAUUUGCGAGAGGUUGAUACCUAGUAACUGUACAUUAAAGUAAAAAUGACUGUUUUGACACACUGACCGUCCUCACAAUUAUUUAUAGCAAUAAACCACGUUUACAAAUAGUUGAAAGUAAAAUUCUUAGUGAACUUGUGUUUCCCAGAAGAAACUUUCUACAUUUUCAGUUUGACUUUUGUGGCUGUUGUUUGUUUUUUCGGUGGUCGCUGUUGUACAUCGUUUUGUAAAUAUAACAAAAGUAGAAUAAGCAUAAGCUCAUAUUUAAUUUAAAAAGAAUGACGAGGUACGUCAUCCAUCAGUUGAUUGGAAUACAUAAAUGAAGAUUUCUUCCUGUAGCUGACAUGUCAUUUUGUUUCUUUGAUUUAGUUUUUUAUACUGUAAUUUAUACACGACACCUUUUUCCUUAACACACUCGUUCUCGAGUUUCAUUUAAGACAAGUGUGUAUGAUUGUGACGGCUGAAAUAAAAUAUGUAAUAAUGUGAA